AAGCCUAUUGGUGAGGGAGUUCCUAUGUGAACUUUCUUAAAGAAGUGCUUCCCUUUUAAUCUUAAUACUGCGUGGGAAAGUAUAGCAAACAUUUUUCUCUGAGACGAGAAAAUUUACAUAAUUCUGCUUCUAUGGAAUGAGAAGAAAUGCUGAUACAAUACUCUCUUAUGGCUAUAAGCUUUGCAUUUACAUGUACUGUGGAAAGUUAGUUGCCUGUUCUCUGAGAUGCAUUUCUCAGAACAGGAUGGUUUUGAAGAUAACUUCAAUAGAAGUGUUGUUGCUGCCCAUGAAAGGGUUCCUUCUGGAAUCUUGUCUCAGACUAUGAACUACGUAGGACAACUUGCAGGACAAGUCCUGGUUACUGUGAAGGAGCUGUACAAAGGCAUUAAUCAGGCAACCCUUUCAGGAUGCAUUGAUGUCAUUGUGGUCCGGCAACAGGAUGGUACAUACCAGUGUUCUCCUUUUCAUGUCCGAUUUGGGAAGCUUGGUGUAUUGCGCUCUAAAGAAAAAGUGAUUGAUAUAGAAAUUAAUGGUGAUGCCGUUGAUCUUCAUAUGAAACUGGGUGACAACGGAGAAGCUUUCUUUGUACAAGAAACUGAGGAGGAAAAUGAAAAGGUUCCUGCAUAUUUGGCAACAUCUCCGAUACCCACGGAAGACCAGUUUUUUAAAGACACUGACAAUCAUUUGAAAUCAGGUGAAAAUGAGAGGACAUGUGCAAACUCAGAAAUUCCACACUCUGUGGAAACAGAGACUGUAUUCACCCCAGGGUCUGUGAAAAAGAAAAAAAGAAGAAGAAAGAAAUACAAACAAGAUAGCAGGAAGGAAGACCAGAUCUGUUCUACUGGGACAGAAGAGAUUUUUGAAAUAGAAAUAAGCUCAGAUGAUGAAAAAAGUGUUCAACCCCUAAGAGGAUCCUCAAAUUCAUCGCCAAAAGGUGAAGAACAAAAAGAAUCUUUGAUUUAUCACUCAAAGGAUCAUUACCCCUUAUCUGAUGGAGACUGGUCCCCUCUGGAGAACCCUUUCUCUGAGCCAGUGUGCCCUAAAAGUGAUUCAGAACUAGAAGUUAAACCUGCUGAGAGCUUGCUUAGAUCUGAAUCUCACAUGGAAUGGACAUGGGGAGGAUUCCCAGAAUCAACGAAGAUAAGCAAGAAAGAGAAACUGGAACAUCCCAGAAGAGCUACCAUUACUCCAUCAGAGAAGACUCAUUUUAGGGUCAUCCCCAGCUCUGAUGAGGUUGAAGAUGAUGACGAUGUGAAAGAUUCUGUCUGUACAGUACUGAAACCUGAGCCAAGAACUCAUCCUCUGCUUAAGCAGAUGGAUGUUAAAGAUUCUCUUGCUUCUGCAAUCAUAGAACCGCAAGAUCCAUUGCCAUUAGAUGCUGAUCAUCAUUCCAGGCUGUUGGUGGACCCUUUACCAGAAACGAAGCCAUUAGCAAAAACUGACUCUCCUUCAAAAAAGAAAGGGGUGCACAAGCGAAGUCAUCAUCAGGGGCCUGAUGAUAUUUACUUGGAGGACCUAAAGGCUUUAGAACCUGAAGUUGCAGCACUCUACUUUCCCAAAAGUGAUUCUGAUCCAGGCUUCAGACAGUGGACAGAGUCAGAUACCCUUUCUGGUUCUCAGUCACCCCAAUCAGUAGGAAGCGCUGCUGCUGAUAGUGGUACAGAGUGCAUGUCUGAUUCUGCUAUGGACUUGCCUGAUGUUACACUUUCACUUUGUGGAGGUCUCAAUGAAAAUGGAGAGAUUUCUAAAGAAAAAUUCAUGGAACAUAUUAUUACUUAUCAUGAAUUUGCUGAAAACCCUGGACUCAUAGACAAUCCCAAUUUGGUAAUAAGGAUUUAUAACAGGUAUUAUAACUGGGCGUUGGCUGCUCCUAUGAUUCUGAGUUUGCAGGUGUUUCAGAAGAGUUUGCCCAAGGCUACUGUUGAGUCUUGGGUCAAAGAAAAAAUGCCAAAGAAGUCUGGAAGGUGGUGGUUCUGGCGCAAGAGAGAAAGCAUGACUAAACAGAUACCAGAGGCAAAAGAGGGGAAAACUGAGACGCAAAGAGCAAGUGAACUGCCAGCAACUAUAAAAGAGCAAGUUAAUAGUAGACCUCCAGAAGAUGAUUCUUCUAGUGAUGAAGCAUCACAGGAGUUGAAGGAAUCCCUGAAAAUAGAUUCUGCCCCAGUAGAGCAUCCACCCCAUGGGAACAUUACAUCUUAUAAGAAGUCACUUAGGCUGUCUUCGGACCAAAUAGCAAAGUUGAAGCUCAGAGAUGGCCCUAAUGAUGUUGUAUUUAGUAUUACAACCCAGUAUCAAGGGACUUGCCGUUGUGCGGGAACAAUAUAUCUCUGGAACUGGAAUGAUAAAAUCAUCAUAUCGGACAUUGAUGGAACAAUAACCAAGUCUGAUGCUUUAGGACAGAUCCUUCCUCAGCUUGGCAAGGACUGGACUCAUCAGGGCAUUGCAAAACUCUAUCAUUCCAUAAAUGAAAAUGGCUACAAGUUUCUGUACUGUUCUGCCCGUGCCAUUGGGAUGGCAGAUAUGACCAGAGGAUAUCUACACUGGGUGAAUGACAAAGGAACAAUUCUCCCCAGGGGUCCUCUCAUGUUGUCCCCCAGCAGUUUGUUUUCUGCCUUUCAUAGGGAAGUAAUAGAAAAGAAGCCUGAAAAGUUCAAAAUCGAAUGUUUGAAUGAUAUCAAGAAUUUGUUUGCUCCCAGUAAACAGCCUUUCUAUGCUGCUUUUGGAAACAGGCCCAAUGAUGUAUAUGCCUACAUGCAAGUGGGAGUUCCAGACUGCAGAAUAUUUACUGUGAAUCCAAAGGGUGAACUGAUCCAAGAACGGACUAAGGGAAACAAAUCUUCGUAUUACAGACUAAGUGAGCUUGUGGAACACGUGUUCCCAUUGCUUAAUAAAGAACAGAGUUCUGCAUUUCCGUGCCCAGAAUUCAGCUCCUUUUGCUACUGGAGAGAGCCUCUUCCUGACCUUAACAUGGACGACCUGGCCUGAAAAGUACUCCUCACCUAAAGAUGGAAUUUCAUAUUCAGCUACUCAACUUCAGUUUAAAUGUGAAGAACUUUCUUAACAAAGAUGCUAAUUUGUAUACUGGUACCAUAAGUCUUACUAAAGAAAUCACUUUAACUCUGUUGGUUUAAAACAAAGAAAAUGCAAAGCUACUGUCUUUUUUUUUUUUGUGAGGGUUUGUAUUUUUGUUUGUUUGUUUCUUUAUUGCUUGUCUUUAUAUACCUGUUCUAAGGCACUUGAGAUUGGCCUGUCAUUGAUGGUCAUGGUACCCAAGUGCUUCAGGGCAACUAAAUGCUGAGGUAAACUAUGACUUUGCAUUUUCAUCAAUACAGACCUUAUUGUAAACAUAGAUUUAUUUUUUUUUAUUAGUCUUAAUAGUAUAUUUUCUAAAAUGAAGCCAAAAAGUGUAUGGAAACUGCCAAAUAGAAUGUCAGACCUAUUAAUAAGAAAUGUGGUCUAAUAAUGUUCAGAUGGGCAAUUAGGCCAUUUUUGAAAGGAGCCAGAACCUAAGACCAGUGUGCUCUUUCUCAGCUAAAAUACAGAAAAUGUGUGGACAUUCCUAGCCUGACAGACUCUGAAGACAUAAAAUUCCUCUUUAAAUGUAAAUAUGCCUUUUGUCACAUGUACAAGACUGUGCUUCUACAAUUCACGCUCAAACUAACUCUGCUUCUUACUUUUUUUACAUGCAAUGCUUAAACUAUUUCAUGAGCUUGUUAAAAUGAAAGUUGUCUUCAGAUACUUGUAUGGUUUUGUUGUUUUCAGGCUGCACUAUGUCAUGUUAAAUUUUCCAUCAAGAAAAAUCUUGAACAUUUCUGUAAGAGUUGGGGAGCGGCAUUUUUGUUUCCUUUUUCAACACAGAGAUAAUGCAUAUGUGUGUGUAUGCUGCGUAGGCCAGUAAAACGUAUGUACAGAUUAUAUUCAGGGAAUUGUAAUACUAAAAAAAAUUAUGUAUUUAAUUUUUUAAUUGUCUACUGCAGGUCUUUCCAGAAUUCUGCAUUGCAGGUUUUCAGUAGCUGGAAGGAAAUGCAGCUCAAUAGUGAGAUUCCAGGUAUGAGAAUGGUUAAAUGCUGCAGAGCUGAAUAAACCCUUUGCUUUUUUUUUUCUUUUCUUUCCUUUUUUUUUUUUAAAGUUUUGGGUUGUUCAUAAACAUCAUGCUGGUCGUUCCUCAGGUUCAGAUCAGAGCCUGUGAACAAAUUUUUUUUAAACUGUCAGAAGCUUACAAACAUAUUUUUUUUUCCUUUUCUUACCUUUUAUUCUAUAGGUUUUGUUAGAAACUGACAUUUUCAUGAUCACCAAGUGCUUUGAAUAUCAAUGGGAUUUGAGCUUUUAAGUUACUUAAAUACUUUAAAAUAAAUGAGAAUCCAAGGUAAUUAAAUAUUUUAAUUACAAGAUGAAAUAUUCUAUCUAAAGAUCCUAUUUUACAUAAAAGGAGUGAAGCUGCCUCUCCUAAAAGAGUCCUUUGUGGAUGUCAAAAUUUUCUUUACCAUGCUUAACUUAUUCUUGGAGGCCCUGGUAUUACACAGGUUUUCUAAAAAUAAAAGCACUUCAUGAUAUUGGGAUGGGUUUCCAAAUGGGGACAGAUUGUUACCAAGGUUUCGCUGGAUCUUCUUUGGUUGAUUUUUUUUUUUUUUUUUUAAAUUUGGGGUUUUUUUACUUGGUUAAUUUUUUUCUUCAAUUCCAUUCAUCUUUUCAGACUGUCAUAAAGAUAAGAUGUGGAUUUUAAGGUGGGGACUUGAGUAAAUGAGCAGUGUGGAAAAAUAGUAUCAGGUGUAUCUCCAAAUGUGUAUGAUUUAAACUGGUAUGAGCAUGGGGGUUGCGUGGUUGUAGAGAGCUCCUCAUUCUGCUCACUUGUUAUUUUGCAUUAUAGGGAUGUCCAAAAAGUUGCGUAGUUAGAAAUUUUGCUUUUUUGCUCUGUAACGGCUACAGUUUUGAUUUUUGAUAAAAUGUAAAAGUGUUCUUGAGGAUUUCUGCUAUGAGUAGGGCAGGGUUUCUGUUCUGUUUUUCUAAAUCUGGCUUGUAUUUGAAGCUUUUCAGACUGUUUGUUAACCCUGUUUAGGGACGGACUAUGGGGGCACUGUACCUGUCAUUGCAUACCUAUGUCAUUUGGACUGCUGGGCACUUUACUGACGCUAGAAAUGACAUCUCAUUGCUAUUGAACCGUGGGCUUGUGCUGCAAUAUUAAUAUGAAGUGGGGUAAAUAAGAAUUAUGCAGUAGCCUGCCCUUUGUUACCUUAGUCGAGAGAAGUGGCCUGAAACUAAUGUUUGAGAACAAGUUGUGCUAUACUUAUUUAAAAUUAGCGCAAGCUAAAUCGUUCUUUCUGUGAAAGAGGAACUUCUAAGUGUGUGUGUGUGUGUAGGCGCAUGCACACCCCUGUUAAGACUGUGUUGUUGAAGAUGCAGAUCCUCUUAGCAUUGGAACCAUGUCAAAGGCUGAGUCAAUGACACCUAUCUGGGAAUAAAUAAGGAACAUUGCAAUUCAAAACUUGUUAGUGACUUGGACAUUACCCAUUUCCACAGUGACUUAAAGCUCAGUAAUUUAAGUGGUACAUAUUUCUGGAUUUUUUUUUCUAUUGUACCAAGCAUGUUUGUACUUCAAAAGGUGGGGCUCAUCCCUGACAGUAUACAGUUGCACGUGCAAUCUUGGCUCAUGUAUCCUUAGCUUCCCGUCAUUGGUAUACUCUUCCUAAACCUUUUUUUUUUUUUUUUUUUUUUUCUUCAACUGGAAAAGUUUUAACACUUGUGUCAACUCCAUUAUGAAACUUCUGGAGCAAACUCUGAAUCCGCUUAUGGUAAAGACAAAAGAGAUGAUAUUUCAUGUUAAUAUUUCAUACAAGUCUUCUAGAAAAAGCUGUCAUAUGAGUUGUUUAAAUGACUGUAAUGCAAAUUGAUAAUGAAACAUCAAAAAUACAUUGUGAAUUUGAGAUGCCUUUAAAGUGUCACUUUUGCCUGAGGAAGUUUUAGUUUCCAAAGUUGAAUUCUGCAGAAUUGAAUGGCAUUGGUUUGGAUAUUUUUACAGUGUUAAUUACUUCCAGAUGAAAGUUAAAACGUUGGUUUGAGGGUGGGAAAACUCUCUUCAGUCAUUUGUUUCAUUUUUUACGUUGAAGAUGUGGAAUACUUGAUUGUUAAGCAACCCAAUCACUAAUAAGGUAGUGUGUUUAAAAUUGUCAAGUCUGUGAUCAUACCAAUACAGUGGUUUUUGUUAAGACUGGACUACCUUGGGUACAGUAACCCACACCUCAGUGCAAUGUUUAUUGAUGUUCAGAACAAUGUUAUCACAAUAAACAAACUUAAACUAA